CAGCAGCGCACCAACAUGACGCAACGGGAAGGCAUUCAUAAGUUCGAGAAUGAGCGUAUUAAAACGCUGCAGGAAGAACGUUUGCAUAUCCAGAAGAAAACGUUUACAAAAUGGAUGAACUCGUUUCUGGUAAAGGCCAAGAUGGAGGUCGACGACCUGUUUAUCGAUCUGGCAGACGGUAUCAAGCUUCUGAAGUUGCUGGAAAUCAUCUCCGGCGAGAAGCUGGGCAAACCCAACAGUGGCCGCAUGCGUGUACAUAAGAUAGAGAACGUUAACAAAAGUUUGGCCUUUCUGCACACGAAGGUUCGCUUGGAAUCGAUCGGUGCGGAAGACAUAGUAGACCAUAAUCCCCGCCUUAUUCUCGGCCUGAUUUGGACGAUCAUUCUUCGUUUCCAGAUUCAGGAGAUCGAAAUCGAUGUGGACGAAGAAAAUGAAUCGUCGGAAAAGAAAUCCGCCAAAGAUGCAUUAUUGCUGUGGUGCCAGCGAAAGACCCACGGAUACCAGCAUGUACACAUUACCGAUUUUACCAACUCGUGGCGUUCGGGCCUUGGCUUCAAUGCGCUUAUUCAUUCGCACCGCCCAGAUUUGUUCGAUUACAACAGCCUCAUGCCUGGGCGAAACAUUGAAAACCUUAACCAUGCGUUUGACGUGGCGGAACGAGAGCUCGGCAUACCCCAGUUGCUGGACGCGGAAGAUAUCGACACGGCCCGGCCGGAUGAAAAAUCCAUUCUCACGUACGUUGCCUCAUACUAUCACACUUUUGCCCGGAUGAAAAGCGAACAAAAGGGCGGAAAACGUAUUGCUAACAUUGUCAACAAGCUGAUGGAUGCGGAUAAAAAAAAAAUGCAGUUCGAGCACCUGAUAACGAAUCUGCUGAGCUGGAUACGGGCUAAGACGGUAGAGUUAGAGAAGCGAAACUUUCCCAACUCUGUCGAGGGUAUCCAGGGCGAGUUGUUAGCGUUCAAGGAAUAUCGUACGGUAGAAAAACCACCCAAAUACAAGGAACGUAGCGAAAUCGAAGCCCUCUACUUUCACGUGAAUACACUUCUCAAAUCACUGAAUCAACCUCAUUACACGCCACAGGAUGGUAAGAUGAUAAACGACAUCGAAAAAGCCUGGCAGCGUCUGGAAAAUGCUGAGCACAACAGAGAGGUGGCAUUGCGUGACGAACUAUUACGGCAAGAGAAAUUGGAACAGUUGAACUUCAAGUUCGAGAAGAAAUCCGUACUUCGCGAAGGAUACUUGAAUGAGAUGAUACAAGUACUGACGGAUCCACGGUAUGGUCCUGCUUUGCGGCAGGUUGAUGCCACCGUCAAGAAACAUGAAGCCAUCUCGGCUGAUAUCCUGGCACGCGCAGAUCGAUUCAAUGAUCUAACCGACAUGAGUAACGAAUUGCACGAGGAAAACUAUCACGGAAAGGAUCGUGUUAAGGAGCGCGAGAUGGAGGUGAUUACGAAGUGGAAGGAAUUGCUGGAAUUACUGGAAAAUCAUAAGCAGAAGUUGUCUCAAAUGAGUUCAUUGAUGAAUCUUUUGCGAGAGAUUGAUGCAACGAUGACUACAAUAAACGCGCUUCAGACACAGUUUGCUUCCGAAGAUGUAGGGCCGCACCUGCUGGGAGUGGAAGAAUUACUGCAGGCUCAUUCCUUACUUGAGCUACAGGUUACCACGCUCGGCGAAACGCAACGUCGCUACGUUCGUCAAGGAGAGGCGUUCAAAAGAGGGGACUACAAGGACACCAGUCAACUGGAGGCGAAACUCGCCGAAUUGGCCAAGUUGUAUCAGGAACUGCAAGCUAUGAGUGCAGCACGUCGUGCGCGGCUAGACGAAGCCCGGGAUUUUUAUCAGUUUGUGGAGGAUCACGAGAACGAAGAGGGAUGGCUCGUGGAUAAGCAGCGCAUAUGUAAAGCUGGUAUCACGGCGAAGGAUCUGCGUGCCGUCAUGUCACUCCAGCAGAAGCAUAAAACGCUGGAAGAUGAGAUGAAAGUGCGAAAACCAAAAUCCAACCAGAUCACCGAAGCAGGAAAAAAGUUGAUUGCGGAUAAACACUCGCGGAUGUCUGAAGUGCAAGGAAAAAUCGACUCACUUCAGGAGCACUGGAAAGCCUUGGAGGAUUUGGUGGAUCUACGGAAGCGACAGCUUGAGGACGCAGCCGAAGCUUAUCAGUACUAUGCCGAUGCAAACGAGGCAGAUUCGUGGCUGAACGAAAAAAUGGCAUUGGUUGCUUCGGAUGAUUUUGGCGUUGAUGAACCGUCAGCCCAAGCGCUCCUGCAGCGUCACCGGGAUUUGCAAGGUGAACUGAAUGCUUACUCGGGAGAUAUACUGAAUUUGAAUCAGCAGGCCGAAAAAUUGAUCAAGGCUGGAAUUUGUACGCUAGACCUAUCAGCCGAUCCGGAACCCGUGCAAGAAAUGGAGCAGGAAGAGUGGGUUAAUGAAACUCGUCUAGUUCCCAAGGAAGUGUGGGAAGACGAACCAGUCGAACGGCUUGAACAUCGCACUGUGACCGAGAACAAAUUGCUGCCCCACGUACAAGCCUUGUACCGGUUCGAGGGUCAAAACAUGAAAGUAGCCAAAGGUGAUGUAAUGAUUCUGCAAAACAAAAACAAUGUUGACUGGUGGAACGUUCGUAAGCUCGACGGUACGGAAGGUUUUGUUCCGGCGAAUUAUGUGAAAGAAAUAGAGCCACGACCCGUGCCCUGCUUAGUUCGCAAAGCAGAGAAGGUAAAGGUGAUGCAAAAGGUGAAGAAAACUAUCCUGGUGAAGGAAGUUAUACAGGUGAAGCGUGUGCGACCGGCAAAGGUAAGUCAGAUGAAGCCUCUGGUUAAACGUCGUGCUAGAGGCGAUGAUCUAACAGCCCUCGAUAGCAACGACAGUGUUGAUAAGCGUCAAAAACAUAUCAAUGGAACGUACGAUCAGCUUCAGGAUCUUGCAGAAAGGCGACGAGCUUUAUUGGAAGAUUCAAUCUGCUUGUUCCGCUUUUAUCGCGAGUGUGAUGAUUUCGAAAAAUGGAUAAAGGACAAGGAAAAAAUGCUCCGUACCGAUGAUCCGAAGGGUAGCGUGGAGACCGCCAGGCGUCAGUUUGAAACAUUUGUAAAUGAUCUUUCUGCGUCUUCAAAACGCGUAGAAGCGAUCGAUUCCGAUGUAGAAGAUUUUGUGCGCCAAGGCCACUCGCAGCUAGAUAAGGUGAAAGCUCGUCAACGACAGAUUCACCAGAUGUGGGAACACCUGAAUUACCUGAAAGGACAGAAGGAGAAGAGUCUCGAGGGUGCGUCCAGCGUGGAGCUAUUCUAUCGAACGUGCGAAGAAGCGAUCGAUUGGAUGAACGAAAAGAUGACUCAGCUCGAUACGGCAGAGGUUGGACCGGAUCUGAAAACUGUGCAAGCACUGCAACGUCGCCAUGAAAAUCUUGAACGCGAAUUAGCCCCGGUGAAAGAGAAGGUGAACCGAGUGAAUUUGCUUGGUAACACCGUAAAAAAUUCGUAUCCAUCCGAGCGCGAUAAUGUGAGCGAAAAACAGCGUGAAAUUCAGAACCUGUGGCAAAAGGUACAGGAAAAGGCAAAAGAAAGACGUUCUCGAUUGGAGAAUGCUGUUGGACAGCAAAUAUUCAAUAACAGCACUAAGGCAUUACUUAGUUGGAUCGCGGAGUGCAAUAACCAGCUGAACGCAGAAGAAACAGCGCGUGAUGUUGAAACGGCAGAAAAGUUGCUAAAGAAACACAAGGAUUUGGGUGAGGAUAUAAACGCACACGAUGAUGAGUUUGUACAACUAGCCAAGCUUGGCCAGCAAAUUUUAGAGCGUAAUCCUGCGUUAACCGAAGAUCCUGAUAUGGCAAACAAGAUGGCAAAACUAGAGGCCGAACGUCAGAGGCUACAUGGUGCCUGGUUGGCGAAAGAGAAGAAGUUGCAGCAAUGCAUUGAGCUACAAAUAUUUAAUCGCGAAGCCGACAAAAUUGAUGCGACGACGAAAAGCCAUGAGGCCUACCUGGAAUAUGACGAUUUGGGUGACUCGCUUGACGAUGUGGAGGCCAUUAUGAAGCGGCACAUUGAUUUCGAAAAUUCUCUGGGAGCACAGGAUAAGAUUCUGAAAAACUUUUCCGAGGGCGCCGACCGGUUGAUUCGCAACAAUCAUUACGACGCCAAGUACAUUGAUGAACGUCGUGUUCAAGUAUUGGCCCGUCGUGAACGAGUCAAGGAGUUGGCACAAAAGCGUCGCAACGCAUUACAAGCUUCCAAGGAUUUCCAAAAGUUUUCGUCCGAUGUGGAUGAUUUAAAUAGAUGGCUGGCGGAUAAGACCAAAAUUGCAAGCGAUGAAAGUUAUAAGGAUCUUUUGAAUCUUCCGCGCAAAUUACAGAAACAUAAGGCCUUUGAGAGAGAAUUGCGAGCCAACGAAGGUCAGUUGCGCAUGGUCAACAAAGAAGGUGAAUCGUUGAUCAAGACAAACAACCGUGCUGGUGAAGUGAGUGAUACGCUUGCGACUAUCAAUCAGAAAUGGAAGGAUCUAGUCGCCACGUCGCUGGAGAAGGGCCGGCGACUGGAACAGGCUGCGCUACAACGAGAACACAAUCGCUACAUUGAAGACUCCAAGAACAAGUUUGAUGAGCUGGAUCAUGCGCUACAGAGCAAGCAAGUGGGUAACGAUUUGCGCAGCUGCAAGGAGCUAAUGAACAAACAUCAAGUCCUGGAGAAUGACAUUGCACUCUGGGAGCAGAAGGUAGCUGAACUGGUCACCACUGGUGAAGAGAUGGCACACGAGGGUCACUUCGAUGCCAACAAUAUACAGAAUGAGACUAAAAAAUUGCAAGCUCAAUUCGCUGGAUUAAAGGAUCCUGCCCGGCAACGUAGGGAUGCGCUUGAUGAAAGCUUACGCUUCCACAAGUUUGUCUUCGAACUGGAUACCGAGCUUCAGUGGAUUAACGAGCACCUUCCAGCAGCGAAAUCGGAAGUAAUCGGUCAAAAUCUACACCAAGCGCAAAGUCUUUCCAAGAAACACAAAAAACUGGAAGCAGAAAUAGAGGGUCAUCAACCGAUGAUAAACAAAACAUUGACUUCUGCAGAAAAUCUGAUCAACCAGAAUCAUCCGGAGCGAGUGAAAGUGAAGGAACUCUGCAACGCACUUGAGAAAGCAUGGGCUGAUCUUCAAGAUCAGUCAGCGGAGCGAUCGCGUAAACUGGAAUUAUCUCUCAAGGCGCAACAGUAUUUGUCCGAGGCGGGAGAAAUCGAAACAUGGUUAGGUGAACGCAAUAACGUCCUACGUUCGUCGGAUUACGGCCGGGAUCGUGACUCAGCUACGAAGCUGCUAACCAAGCACAAGGUAAUUGAACUGGAGCUUGACACUUACUCCGGUAUCGUAUCCGAGAUGGGUCAUACGGCAUCAGCCAUGAUUGCAGCCAAACAUCCGGACAGUAAAGUAAUAGGGACAAAGCAGCAGCUUAUUGAGAAGAUGCUGAAAUCCCUGCAAAGACUUGCUGGCCAGAGACAACUACGCCUAAUGGAAAGCCUGUAUCGCCACGAAUAUUUUGUAGAGUCAGCUGAAUUAGAACAGUGGAUCAAGGAACAGGAACAAGCUGUCAAUUCGGAAGACUACGGUCAUGAUUAUGAACAUUUGCUGAUUCUUCAAAACAAAUUUGAUGACCUUAAACAUCGCAUUGAAGUUGGAGCGGAGCGCUUUAACCAGUGUGAAAAUUUCGCAAAGAAACUUAUCGGUGGAGAUAGUCCGUAUGUAUCUGAAAUAGAAAAACGGCAAGAACUAUUGAGAUCAUUUUCGGAAGCACAGUUGGAUGUCGUCGAUUUGUAUGAUAACCUACGUAUUGCUUGGCAACAUCUCCUUGAGCAACUGGAUGCACGUGAAAAGAAACUUCACGCUGCUGGUGAAAUACACAGGUUCCAUCGUGAUGCUGCCGAAGCAUUGUUCCGUAUACAGGAUAAAAAUGCUGCCCUGUCAAGCGAGUUAGGAAAAGAUUUGAAUUCAGCUCUCGCACUAGCCCGCAAACAUGAAGCGUUCGAGAACGAGUUAGUACCGCUGGAAGCUCAGCUGCAGGUGCUGGUUGACGAUUCAUUGCGCUUGCAAACAAAAUACCCAGGAGACAAUGCUAAGGCAAUCGCUGCCGAACAGGAAAAUGUAAUCCAGUACUGGAAUUUGCUGAAAGAAAAAUCAGCCCUGCGAAACGAUCAACUGCACGCUAGCUGUGAUCUACAGCAUUUCCUAACGCAGGUACGCGAUCUGAUGUCGUGGGCCACAAACUUGCGAGCUGCAUUGCAAGCCGAGGAACAUGUCAGUGAUGCGGCUGGUGCGACUGCUCUCAAGAUUCAACAUGAUGCCAUAUACGGCGAAAUCGAAGCCCGCGAGCAAACAUUCCGUGAACUGAACGAGCUCAGCGAUUCCAUGGUCCAGACGGGACAUUAUGCGGCCACGGAGGUAGAAGAGAAAUGUUCAGCGUUGCUGGACGAGCGAGCAAAGCUGCAUUCAGCAUACAACAAGAAGAAAAUUUUACUUGAACAGAAGAUAGAUCUUUUCUGCUUUAUGCGUGAUGCGAAGGUGAUUGAUAAUAUUUCCAGUGGCCAAGAGGCUACACUAUCCAGUUCCGACUUUGGCCAGACUGUUGAGGUGGUGCAGGAUCAGGUUAAGCGACAUGAAGCGUUUGAAAAGUUGAUCCAAACACAGGAUGAAAAGGUAGCGAUACUACAAGAUCAUGGACGUAAGCUAGUUGAACAGAAUCACUAUGACAGUGAAAACAUCCGUCGACGCUUGCGGGAGAUCGUCGAAAGACGUCAAAAGGUAAAGGAUCUGUGCGCGCUGCGACGUCAGAAGUUGGCAAAUGCGCUCCUUUAUGCGCAAUUCAUUCGUGACUGUGCUGAGGCCGGGGCAUGGAUUAACGAAAAGCAGAAAAAGCUGGAAGCGGAUGCGCACAGUUAUACCGGUGCCAGUAAUAUGGAAGAUAAGGUGAAAAAGUUAAAGAAAUUGCAGGCAUUCGAUGCGGAAGUGAACGCCAACGAGGGCCGCAUACGAGAGGUGCGUGAUAAGGGAGAAAAGUUAAUCGGCAAAAAGCACGAAUGUGCUGGGGAGAUCCAGGACGAGGUAGUAAAGCUGAUGCAAUCUUGGAACAUACUGUUGAACGAGCUGGCCUCAAGAAGCAGAGGCUUGAAGGAGGCACAAGAUAUUUUGGAAUUCAACACACAACUCGAUAAACUGGAGGCCUGGAUCCGCGACAAGGAGAUGAUGAUAAAUGCUGGCGAGACGGGUCGAGAUUUAGAGCAUUGCAAUGCAUUACGGCGGAAGCUGGAUGACGUGGAUAGUGAUAUGCGGGUGGAUGAUCAGCGCAUUAAAAAUAUCAACCAAUUGGCAGAUAAGCUGGUGAGCCAAGACAAAGUCGAAGGAAAGAAUGUACAACAGCGUAGAGAAAACUUCAACAACAAAUGGAAGUCACUACAAGGUGCACUAAGUCGCUAUCGCGAUUUGCUCGCUGGUGCGUAUGAAAUACACGUGUUCAAUCGAGACGUCGACGAUACCGCCGAACGUAUUGCUGAGAAGAUGCUUGCCAUGAGCGUGGAUGAUACUGGACGCGAUCUAAUUGCCGUUGAAGCCCUAAAACGCAAACAAGAAGCCAUCGAACGGGACAUGACGGCGGUGGAGCAAAAGAUUCGUGAACAUGAAACCAGUGCUGCAUCGCUAGCCGACAAGUACCCUGACAAUGCGAUCAACAUUGUGGAGAAGCUGGACGAGCUUAAGAAACAGUGGAACGAGCUACAGAACGCGAGCGUGAAACGAGCGGAGUUGCUCAAGCAAGGUUACACAGCUCACAAAUUCACCGCAAACGUGAAGGAGCUUGAACUUUGGGCUAAUGAAAUGAUAAAACGAAUGGAUUCCGCCACUAACCCGGCAACUAUUGCUGACUGUGAGGCACAGAUUCAGUUGCACAACGAGCGUAAGGCUGAAAUCGAUGGACGAGAUCUGGUGUUCCGAGACUUGAAGGAACACGGUGAUCGUUUGGUGGCAGAAAAUCGCGAGCGCUCAGUACGUAACGAUCACGUCGAAAAGGCGUUGCGUAAUUUGGAGGAUCUAAACAAACAUCUGCAUGACUCCUGGAAGGGACGUUUCCGUGGUCUCAAGGAAGCUCAUCAGCUGCAACUGUUCAAGGAGCAGGCCGAUCAGAUCGUGGAAUGGUUAACGAACAAGGAAGCUUUCCUGAACAAUGAUGAUCUUGGCGAGUCGUUCACGGCUGUGGAAGCGCUGAUAAAGAAGCAUGAAGCUUUUGAGAAAUUACUUCACUCCAAUCGCAUCGGCGAACUGGAACGAUUUGCGGAGGAAAUUUUGGCCGAAAGUCCGUUUGAAGCGGAUGUGAUCAAGCAGCGUCUGUAUGCGGUCAUCAGUCGCAAAGAUAAACUUCUUGCAUCGGCCGAAUACAGAAAACACAAGCUUCACGAAAGCUUGCAAUUGCAACAAUUCUUACGAUCGUUGUAUGAGGUUGAAAAAUGGACGAACCAGAAAAUGCAAAUCGCGCUCGAUGAGAACUACCGAGAACCUAGUAAUUUGCAGAGCAAAAUUCAGAAGCAUGCCGCUUUCGACGCAGAAUUGCUUGCCAAUUCUGGUCGUGUGACGGCCGUUAUUGAGGAAGGGGAGUCCCUGAUCAACGCCGAACACUACGCUGGCAGUUUAGUGCAGGAACAACUGGAUAUCGUGGAAAACGAGUGGCAGAAGCUACGCGAAGCAUCUCGAGAGAAAAAGGAGCGCUUGGCGGAAGCCUACGAAGCGUUGCUGUUCCAACGUAGUUUGGAAGAUUUCAACAAUUGGAUGGACGAAGUUGAGCAACAAUUAUCGUCAGAGGAUUACGGUCGUGAUCUAGCAUCCGUACACAAUCUGUUGAAGAAGCACGACAUGCUCGAGGCAGAUGUUGCUCAUCAUGCGGACACAUGUGAGCAAAUCAAAGGCACCGAUGCGAAGAUGCUGUCUUCGGAUCAUUUCUUGAAGGACGAGCUGCACGAGAGUGCAAUGCUCACAAUUAAGCGCUACCAUUCACUACACGAGCCAACUACUAUACGGCGGGACAAUCUGGAAGAUUCUCUACAGCUGCAUCAAUUCUUGCGCGAUGCUGAAGAUGAGCUGCUGUGGCUGAACGAGAAAGAACCACAGGCAGCGUCGAAGGAUCUAGGCAGCAGCCUAACAGCGGUCCAAAGUUUGCAGAAGAAACAUCAAGCUCUCGAGGCAGAAAUUCUGAUCCAGGAACCCAUCAUAUCAGCAUUGGUGCAGCGCGGUCAGCAAAUGAUCCGUGAUAAUCAUUACGCCGUUGAGCAAAUUGAACGACAGUGUGGUCAGCUUCAGAACAAGUUGGUAAACUUACGGAACCUAACAAAUGUGCGACGGCUUCGUCUGCUAGACGCCGUCGAGAGCCAACAGUUCUAUGCAGAGGCAAAUGAGGCCGAAUUUUGGUUACGCGAGAAGAAGCCAAUUAUUUCGUCGCAGGAUUACGGCAAAGACGAAGAUUCGGUCAGUUCAUUGCAGAAAAAGCUCGAUGGGCUUCAGCGUGAACUGGGUGCGUUCAAACCGACGGUAGAAAAGAUUGAAAAACUCUCCAGCGGCCUUCAGACUCGUGGUCACUUCGAUAGUGAAAAAAUCAAGAGCAAAAACGAUAAAAUUCAGUACCAAUUCCAGGAGCUUAACCGGUUGGCGGCAGAGCGUGAAAAAAAGCUUGCCGAAAUGAAGAAGUUGUACGAGUUUGUACGUGAGAUCGAUGAUCUGCAGGAGUGGAUCGAGGUACAGAUGACAACAGCUGGUUCGGAGGAAUACGGUACGGACGUGGAGCACGUCGAACAGCUAACGGCACAGUUCGAAUCGUUCGUGUCGAAUUUGAAUGCGAACGAAUCCCGCGUGACGACUUGCGUGGCCAAGGGUGAGGCACUGCUUAACGAUGGCAAUCCCAACAAAGACACAAUUAAGGCAAAACGAGACGAAACGAAACAGCUGUGGGAAGAGCUGAAGGAUUUGGUGGUUGCACGUCAAGAAGCACUGGCCGGUGCCCGACAGGUACACGUGUUUGAUAGAACGGCUGAUGAGACGAUCGCUUGGAUCAACGAGAAGAUAUCCUCUGUAUUGUCGGAAGAUUACGGACACGAUCUCGAGACGAUCCAGUCAUUGGUACGCACACAUGAAGCUUUCGAGGCAGAACUGGGCGCUAUCAAGGAGCAGCUCGAGUCGGUAGUGAACGAAGCACAAAAGUUGGCUGAAACGUAUCCCGACGCAAAGGAACAUAUCGAGGUGAAGCGAGAUGAAACGAUUGAAGUAUGGUCCGAGUUAAAAGAAAGGACAAUCCAACGCAAGGAGAAGCUCAUGCAAGCUGAACAGUUACAAGCGUACUUCGAUGAUUAUCGUGAUCUAAUGGCGUGGAUCAACGAGAUGUUGGCAAAGAUCACCGCACCGGACCUAGCAAAGGAUGUUGCCGGUGCCGAGGCGUUGAUCGGCAAGAUCAAAGAACAUCGUACCGAAGUGGAGGCGAGAAAGGAAGCAUUCGAAGUAUUUAACCGGACUGGACGAAAAUUGAUACACGACAAACAUUUCCUGGCCAAUGAAGUGCAGGAAAAGAUCGCCGUGCUCGAACAGCGCAAGCGUCUGCUCGAUAAUACUAUUAUGCAGCGCCUGGAGAUGUACGAGCUCAACUUGGAUACGCAACGUUUCCUGAAGGAAGCAGAAGACAUGGAGGGAUGGAUUAUAAGCCGCCAGAUGCAACUGAAGGAAACGAAAUUGGGUGACUCGAUCGCCCAGGUCGAAGAUCUGUUACGCAAGCACGAAGACUUUGAGAAAACGGUAGCUGCUCAGGAGGAGAAGGUAUUGGCUCUCAAACGCAUCACGCUGCUUGAGCAGACAUUCAAGAAACAGCUUGAAGCAGAACAAGCCGCUCGGAUCGCCGAAAAGGAACGAAUUGAACGCGAACGUCAUGAAGCUCUUAAGCAGAAGGAGGUGCAACGAAUCACGGAAGAACGACGGCGCCGGGAACCGGUCUCGAUCAACGGUUACAACGACGGCGGGUUAAAUUCGGUCUCUGGCAUGGGCAGUUCGACUGGCCAUUUGCCAUCUGGUAGCGCUGGCAUGAUGGUCGAUCGCAAUGACUCCGCUGUCUCGGCUAGUGUGUUGAACACAUCGAGCAACACCGUCCCUAUCACCGUUAGCCACGCCGACCAAACGAGUCCGGUGCAGAAAUCGAAUUCCUUUGCAACAAUGCUGCAGGAACGUUUGCGUCGUGGGUCCGAUAGCAACAUCAAGCGUGCGGAAAGCAUGAAAAUGGGCCUGAAGCCAGUAAAACGCGCACCCUCAUUCACCACACGUCGCCGUGCGCAGAGCUUCCGCAAGAAUCAACGUACCGGAGGAGCGGGAUCUGAAUCGGAUGCUUCCCUUCUGCCUCCGGUAGAAGUACAGGGAAUGUUGGAGCGUAAACACGAGCUUCAAUCUGGUGGCAAAAAGGCACCGGUACGAUCGUGGAAACCGUACUACACGGUAUUGUGCGGUCAGCUAUUGUGCUUCUUCAAGGAUGCCGAAGACUUUGCAAUGCAAAAGGCGGCCACAGCUCCGGUGAACAUCCUGAACGCAAGAUGCGAAAGAGCGGAAAACUACACCAAGAAGAAGAACGUGUUCCGGUUGGUGUUGCUCGAUGGAUCCGAGUUCCUGUUCAUGACCAACUCUAAGGAAUCGCUAAGCGAGUGGGUCAACAAAAUUGCCUUCCAUGCUGCGCUGCCACCGAAUUUACAACUUAUGAGUUAUGACGAGUCAGUGAAGCAAAACAAUAGCGCGCCGGACAUGAAAUCAAUCAGCUCCACCCAAUCUCCAACGCCUGAUCGAAGCGACGCCGCAUCGUCGAUAAGUUCGCGAACUUCCUCCCCAGAUAGUCAGCGCCGGGACUCGCGAACCUCACUAAACAGUGCCAAAUCGGGAUCGGGAAGUAACGGUAGUUUCCACACUCCCCAGACCAACUUCCUACAAAAGCAGAAAGAAUUACGCGAGCAGGAACUACAGCAGCGUAUGUCAACCGGUCAAAUGCAGCAACACAACAACUUGCCGUCUCCAACCGCGCCAGUACCGGUGCCGGAAGUAUUUGGUUUAGCAGACAAGCCCCCAAUUCCACCACGUGGCAUGCCUCCGCCGGUUCCCCAACGCCAGUCCAGUACGGACAACGUGUUGAACAACAACAAUGGUUCCGUACAGAUGCGCUCCAAACCUGGUUCUAGCAAUAGUCCGAAUGGAAGUGACUAUGAUAAUGCCAACCUUGGAGGUGUAAAUCGGCCGUACUCUUUGCAACCUGGCGCAAUGCAUAACAAAUCGCAAUCGGGAUCACAAAAUGGCAAUGCCACUGGAGAAGAUGUGUGGUUACGAAACAGUGAAAUAAGAACAUCAGUUCCACCGCUCCCGGCCACAUCACCGCCGUUGAGCACAUUUACACCGCUGAAGCCUCCGUCUGGUUAUCAGCAUCCGGUACAACACUACCAGCAAACGCCAUCAUCUACAGGGACCACCUCCACCUUCCAACCUCACCCAAAUCACCACAUGCCUCAGCAGCAACAUCAAAAGCAACAGAUUGAUCAGUUCAUACGACGGGAGCAUCAGUCAGGUAACAAUUCGGCUACGCAACGUGGUUCUACGGCUGGACCGGCCGGAAACAAUGGCACCUCCCGGACGACAUGGCACCAUCCGAUGGUUCCUACACAAUCAACCGGUAAUGGAACCGGCGGCACCGCCAAUGACCAUCCGGCUUACCACAACAAUGGUAACGGAAAGCACAACCAUCAUCACCAUCCACAUCAUCAUCACGUGCAGGGAAACAUGGUCGUACAGCCAGCGCAUAUGGGCAACAGCAGCAGUAGCAGCAGCAACACGUUCGGCAACAGCAUCAACCUGGAUGGUUUCAGCACCGGCUGGGGUCAGACCAGAUUUGACAGUACUCGACCAACGUCUUUGCCGCCGGGGGGUAACAACAACAGCGCCAACACUGGCAGCACGAGUGGCACGAUGGUGGUAGGUCAAGACUUUGGCCAGCUCGUUACCAGUGGCGUUGGUCGUCAUCAAUCGGCCGAAAGUUCUAGCGAAAGCGAGGCCAGCUUCAUCAAGGGCGGCAAGGAGUCAAGCGGCAAAGACAAGAAGGGCGUUUUCAGAAUAUUUUCAAAGAAGAAGUCGAAACACUCGAGCUAA